AUACCAUUUCCCUCGGAUAAGACCUUCAAGUGUGAAUCUUUUUAUUUAGCGUAGGACCAUUUCGGAAGCAUUUCAAUACAGACAGAAGCUCCUCUAAUCCUACAUUUUAUUGAAAUGACUACUACCAGAGCCGUGACAAUGGUGGCUGUUAAAGAUGAAUGACGGUGGGGAUAGGACCGUGGUCUUUGCUAUAGAAAAAGAAAACAGUCCUAAUAAUAAUAAUGAUGAUGAUGUUAGCUGAAUUUAGACCAGUCUGUAUAUUACUUUGAAAACCAAACAUUGUUACCCCGGAUCUAAUAGCUCGUGCUCCCGAUUGAUUCCGACUCACAGACAUUCAGCAAGGAAUCCAUCAAGUUCACCUCACCUGGGUUGGGUGCAGCACAAGAAGGAUACAUGUAUUGCAGAAGAACAUGCCAUGGCUUGGAUUCGAACCAAUCAUUCUCUGUUUGAAAGCCAAUGAAGAGUCUAUAUCAUUUUAUUAACUGAAUUGUUUGCCAGAGAUUAGGUACGUGAUUAAUUUUUCAUAGGUGGCUAGUGAUGGAAACGAGUAGGAAUUUUUCAGGAACGGACAACCCGCAAUCGGCUUGUAGCUCGGAUGUUUUUGAUCUUCUCAUUCUGAUUCAAGUUUCCAUAGCUGGUGUCCUCCCAGUGCUUACAGUCAUAAGUAUCAUAUUCAACAAAGAACUGAGGAAACAGCAGACUAUCAUGCCUAUAAAUAUCAUUCUCUGCGAUUUAGUCCUCGUUGCUAUCCACUUAUACGUUUUUGCAGCCAGUGAUCAGAGUGGCCACUGGUUCUUCACACUCCUGGUGAUGCUAAUAACACCCCUCGACUUUACAGCAACCCUAUCCAUCCUUCUGGCUGCCGUCAUCCCCUUCAUCACCAUCAGAUUCGAUCCUUUCGGGAUCCGUCAUCUCAUCACCACGCCCCGCAUCAUUGUCGCCUGCAUCCUCUCCUGGUUCCUUCCAGCCGUCAUCAUCUGCCCAUUCAUCAACCCCUCAGUCACCAACCAGCUCCUGAUACUCGCAGGUGUCGAUUACGGCUUCCUCCUCCUCACGGGACUCUGCUACGCCCUCAUCUACCUAGCCAUAUCCAGCGAUCAGUCAAUUCUAACCAUGUCGGAGGAGAGAAGGCGCGAAAAUAAGAAGGUUUUUCACACAAUCGUGCUCGUUUACCUUACGACGCUGGUUCCCAAAUCGAUAUAUCUUGCAGCGUUUCUUAUUUACAUGUAUGGAGCAUCUGACUGUUUUAUGAUUGUUGGGCAACUGACAUAUCACCUUACAAUGGUAUUGAACACCCUUGUGUAUUGGUGGCGGUUAGAAGAAUUUAAGUCUCUAUUCGCGAGAUGGAAACAAUGGUGUAAACGAUAGAAAGUCCAGAGUAAAAGACACUGCCGUCAG